AAAAAGUUUCAUACUUUCGAAGAAGGGCAAAGAAUAGUUAGAAAAGAUAAAGUUGAUACAACCGGGCAAUUCUUCAUUACAACAUCUACUUUGCCCGAUUUUCUUGGAUAUCUUGAUGCUCUGACUUAGACUUUCUACAGAAGCCGAUAUCGCCAUACUUUCUACAGCAUCACAAGUGAUCGUCAAAUUUGGCGGGAAAAUGUUGUCUUUAUAGUAGAAUCUUGUCUGCAGUUAUCAGUGCCAUCAAUGAAAAGAAAUCGAGAUCGUUAAGAAACAUGGUACAGAUUCUUGUUCAAAUGCUUGGUGAAUAUAAAGAAUGGGGUAUGGUGGAAUUACAAGGAGCAUUAGAAAGUCAAGAUGACAUUGGCUUCAAUGGAUUAUAUAUAGGAGACCUCCACUUUGAUGACAAGGGGAUUCCAAAUUUGAUAAUUGGACAUCACUUGUUGGUAGGGAAAGUUGUCGAGCUUGAAAAACCAUUUGCUGUUUUAAAGAAAAAUGGAAAAAUGCAAGGUAUGACAAAUGAAAUUGAAAAUUCAAUGGAUAUAGACAAUCAAGACAAGGAAAAUGAAAAAUCUGAGAACAAAUAUGAAGUUGUUGCUUUUGUUAAGAAGAAAAUUAUCUUUAAGAACCGACCAAGACCUAUAAUAACAAAUGUAACAGUGAAGAAUUAGUGAAAGUUGAUGUAAUGAAAAAUUUGAUAUUGGUUACCUAAUGCACAUUGUAAGACUACAGCCAUCUUUGUUAUAAACCAAGACAUUCUUUAUGAAAAUUCAAAAGUGACCAAAAUAACAAAUAUGCAAUGAAUAUAUAGGUUCUGUUGAGCAAAUAUAGCGAUGGAUAUUUAUCAAAAUAUUGCACUGUUUUUGUUUCAAAUGGUGUGUAUUUAGAUAUCUGGGUCUUGUUAUGUCAGCCGAUUAGAAUUUUCCGAGAAAAAAUAUUGCCUUUUAGACAUUCUGAUAAUUCUUUAAAGUUAAUGAAUCAUUAUGUUGAAUUGUGUCAUAGUGAUUUUGAAAACUUGUUAUGUUGUAUACCUUAGACAAGAUAUAAUGGUCAGCAUUUCUCAAGUCUCUGGGGCCCAUAAACCAAAUUUAACUCUUAGAGUUUCUCAUGACAUCCAUUAUAUAUGCUCGCCAUGUCCUCCGCAUCCACAGUUUCUGUUUAUAUUUAUCGACAAGCAAACAGAUUCAUACAAUGACAUGUAUAAAAUACUCAUUGUCAUGCAAGAUAUUUUGAAAUAAUAACAUAAUUAUGUUUUAUUGUUAAUAUAGGAGAAUACUGGUUAGAAAAUCUGAGCGAACAAAAAUUCAAAAAUAAAAUUUAGUUUGUAUAUAGGUUCUGAGUGGAGGCAGGUCAACACCGUGAAGAUGUUAGGUAAAGUCGCUUUGUUGCCCUGGCUACAGCUCGCUUUUUAUUGGUCGUUUGUUGCUGACAGUUUUCAGCAAUGAAGCCGUGAAUCAGAUUAACUUCGGGAUAUCUCAUUCAGGACACGAGAUUAUUUGCUAGAUCGUAUUUGAAGCCAAAUGGAAUCAUUUAAUCGGCCGAUGUUUCUACGGGCCAAGAAAUUUUAGACUGGACAAAAGAACAUCGACGUAAUUCGUUCCACUAAGUAUACGUGAAGUAUCAAAGGUUAAUACACAAAAAGACUGAAACAUGUUUUAUUUGGCAUUAGCAAGUCAUAAUUUCCCUAGAACAUAUUUAGCCUAUAUGUGAUUUGGAAACCAACGUCAAAGGAUUUAAAAACGAGAGGUUCCCGCACAGACUGCGUACCGUAUUCCCGCUCUUCUAAUAAUCCCGUCGUUUUCUAUACUUUGGAAAAUCCCGCCUCUCCGACAAUCCCGCAUGCGGGUUUGAUUAAAGAAAGAAAUCAAUGGAUUGCAAUGUCCUUGGAGUUUUGAAUGAUUUGAGGACAUUCAACGUAUUGUCGUUCUUAUUUUAUGACAGCAAGGGUUGAUAAUGUUACAGCCAAUCUGCUUCAACUUUCCAACUAACUCUCGUCAACUUUUUUCACAAUUUGCAUGUUAUUUUGCCGCAUCAAAACAAAAGAGAACAGGUUGAGUUCUGUUACCUACAACGCCUUCUUUUCAUUGAUCUGGUUGUUUUUAUUCCAACAUUUCAUCCUAAUCUCCGGAUUUUCUUUAUUCUGAUCUUCAUCUUAGUAUCUAUUUCUGCUAUGGCACUGAUUGAUACAUGAGAUUUCGGAGGCUAUUAUUAUGUGUUCUUCGCAUUGCUUGGUGAUAAACAAAUCAGACUUCAUGAUCUUUUUCGUUGUGACACCCUCUUGGGCGUUAUCAGCCUGCUCUAUCAAACGUUAAAAGCCUAUGUCAAAUAGCAAUGGUGAAAGCAUGCACCCUUGAUGCAUUUCUCCCUUGUAUUCUGAUUCAACCCUUGCUAAUCUUAUUCUCGAACGAUUAAUGUAGAGCGUUGACUGUUUUUAAAAUGUUCGAGGGAAUGUUCAAUCCAGUGGCGUCGCGUGACCAUUAACGCUGGGGGGU